UGUGAUCCUCCUGCCUCAGCUGGAUUAACUGGGAUUACAGGAGAGCUCCAUGGAACCUGAUUUUUUGUUAUUUUUAACAUGGUUAUUGCUUAUUGUUAUUUUAGGUCAAGUUUUCUGGGAAACAGACUUUGAAACAAGGAUUUGCUGGCAGCAAGUCUAUUGGGGAUCCACAUUUGUAAGGAAGUAAGACAAGCAGAAUUGGGCAAUGCAAUAAUAAUUAUUAUUAUUUUGCUUAAAUAAAAAAGUAAAAUCCUUUAUAUUCAGUAAGCACUUAAAGUUUAAAGAUGCACAGCCCACUAGCUCUAAAUUAGGGUGGCCCUUCUACGGUGUUCCAGUCUUUUGUUGUUGCAGUUCUAGAGAUUGAACACAAGGCCUCAUUUGUACUAGGCUAGCACUCGACCACUGAGUUACGUCCCUAGUUCUGAUUAAGAGCUUUACGCUUCUGGCAGCUGUGAGACAUCAGCAGAUUACACUACGGGCAACUGGGGAAUGAGAGCCUCUGCCCUGAAGUAUGGAUUUGGGUGGUGCACAAAAUGUCCACUGAAUUCUUACUAUCCUGUAGUUCCUUCCAUGGCUCCCUAUUGCUCUCAGAAUUAACACAGCCAGCAGACCUCUGUCUUGCCAUCACUCACUAUGCUCCCUCUUCACUACAGCCUAAGCCUCUGCUCUACCAAGGUACACAGCCUCCUCCCAGGGCGCAGGUUGAGGCUGAGUCUACUUCAUGUCUUUGCUCUGAGCAGUAAAAGGGUUGGUCAAGACUUGAUGAUCACAGGGAGUACACCCCUACCCUCCAACCCCGCCCCUUGGGAAGUGGCGCCCAGUGCUCCCCACCUCAGUCCAGAUGCUCUUUCCUGUUGGGAGUAAAGUGCCAGAGACUCAGCUUCCUUCCUUUCUGCCUUGGGGAGGGAGGGGCUUCUGGGCUGGGAAGUGGGAGAGAGGCUUCCUUGGGGAGAGGAAUUCUGCUGUUUUGUGCCAAAGUGACUGGAAUCACCAAGGCCUGUGAGCAGUGAAGAAUGUGACCAGUUCUGCUUUGGCUAGAGGGUUAUUCUCAAGGUCAAGGCUGUUUGCAGAGGAGGGAGAACUGGACAUCUGGUCAAGACUGACCUGCCAUGGAGUCAGCAGCCAAGGACAAAAUGAAGCCUGCACUUCCCUGUGGUCUGCCUGGAUAUCUAUAGGACAAAGAGGAGUGGAUUGUCCUGGGAAUGAGCUGGGGAACAGGAAGGACAGCAGGUUUGGCAGCCACAGGCCCCUCCCUGACGUAGUUGUCCAGGCUCUUCUUCCCCAGGGCCUGAGUGGCCAGAGCAGGAGCGGGCAGAGCAACUGGCUAGGGGUGCAGCACUCAAGUGGGCCUCAGGCAUCUUCUACCGGCCGGAGCAGCUGACCAGGCUGAGCCAGUACCGUAGUCGAGAGGUGCAGCGUACCUGCUCCCUAGAAGCACGCAUCAAGUCAGUGGUGCAGUCAUACCUGGAAGGUGUGCAGACUGGUGUGUGGCAUCUGUCCCGUGCCCUUGAGGCAGUGCAGGGAACCCGUGAAGCCCUGAGCCAGGCCCGUGGGUUACUCAAGAGUAUGGCCCAGGCCUCACAGAGCCUAGAGCCCCUUCGGGAGCGGGUUAUCCAACAUAAGCAACUGCAGGCCCUGUCUCAGUUGCUGCCCCGGCUGCAGGCAGUGCCAGCUGCAAUGGCCAACACACAGACCCUGAUUGAUGCCCAGCGACUCUUGGAGGCAUAUGUGAGCCUGCGGGAAUUGGAGCAGCUGCAAGAGGAGACAUGGGCAUCUCUUGGGGGCCUUGAGUUGCCAGUCUUUCAGGGCCUGGGCCUUCUGGCUGAGUCACUGAGCCAGGCUAUAGAGACAGCUGCAAUGGCUGCCAGGCAGCUGGCACGAGAAGAUCCAGCCCUGCUGGUGGCUGCUCUUCGUGUGGCAGAGGUGGAGGCUGGGCGCACAACUCCUGUGGGGCAGACUCCCCGAGAUUGGCGGCAACGCUGUCUGCAUGCACUACAGACAGGCCUGGAGCAAGUUCACUUUUCAACAACCACGCUUCCUGAACCAGGGGCCCUAGCAGGGUGGCUGAAGGCUCUGCAAGUAGCCCUGCCUGCUGAGUUGGCCACAGCUGAGGCACUAGUGGCACCCUGUUGCCCACCACACUACAAAGUGGUGCAGCUCUGGGCCCACACCCUGCACAAUGGCCUGCGCCGCAGCCUGCAGCAUCUCCUUGCAGGGCCUGAGCUGGGAGCUGCUGAUGCCUUCGCCUUGUUGCACUGGGCACUGCAUGUGUACUUGGGGCAGGAAAUGAUGGGGAGCCUGGAAUUGGGGCCUGAAGUUGAUGUUUCCCAGCUGGAGCCCCUUCUGACGUUGGAGAACAUUGAGCAGCUGCAGGCAACAUUUGUGGCCAAAGUCCAGGCAAGUGUGGCCCAGUGGCUGCAGAAGGCACUGGAUGGGGAAAUAGCUGAAUGGGGCCGGGAGCAGGAGCCCAACACAGACCCAUCUGGCUUCUACCACUCACCAAUGCCAGCUAUUGUACUGCAGAUAUUGACUGAGAACAUUCGUGUGAGCAGCCUGGUCAGCGAGUCACUACAGCAGCGGGUGCAUGGCAUGGCACUGUCAGAACUGGGCACAUUCCUGAGGAGCUUCAGUGAUGCUCUGAUCCGAUUCUCCAGAGAUCACCUCAGAGGGGAAGCCAUGGCCCCUCACUAUGUGCCCUACCUCCUGGCAGCCUUCAACCACCAAUCAGCACUGAGCUCCUCAGUGUCCAUCCUGCAACCCGACGGAGCAGCUUCAGGGGUCUUGGCUCCGAUAGAAGCCGCGCUGGACGAGUUGCAGAGGAGGAUCUGCCGUCUGGUAUUGGAGGCACUGCAGGUGGAGCUUCAGCCCCUGUUUGAAUCUGUGCCCUCGCGCCAGUGGCUGUCGAGCUCCGAGUUGCUGGACUGUGUGCGCGAUCAGACGUCACGAUUCUGCCGGGAUUUCUGGCGUGUGCGGAGCCCCGCGGUUGAAUUGCUGUUGGCAGAGGCAGAGCGCACGGUGGUAUUGCAGUACUUACAAGCGCUGAUGUCAGGUCGCCUAGUGUGCCGCGAUGCAGACGAACGAACCCAGGCUGCCGAGCGACUGCAGCACGAUGCCGCCCAGCUUAAGGAGCUUUUCCUCGGUUUGGGUCUGGAGGAGAGCUCGCAUUGUGCGCCGGUGCUGCUCGCCUUGAGGGAGUUGCUGAAUCUGCGCGACCCCACGCUGCUUGGCCUGGAAGUGGCAGGCCUGAGGCAACAAUUUCCGGACGUGAGCGAGGACCACGUCUCUGCCCUUUUGGAUCUGCGCGGGGACGUGUCCCGAGAGCAGCGUCAGGCCGCACUCAUCUCCUUGCAGGAUGGCCCGCCGCCUUCGCCCCUCAUGGGCCACCGCGCUCUCUUCAGCCUGGUGCCGGCGCCUACGCCCUCGCUCUCCUCCUGCCUCCCCUCGGGGCCCUGCUCUUGACGCUCCUGUGCCUGCAGAAUAAAAUACGGGCCCCGUACGCCUGAAUCUAUGUGUUGGGGAAGGAGAAGGAUGAAAUAAAAAUAUCCGUGACAUUUAGGGGAUUCAUGCACAGUGACACACCUAAAGUAUCCUGGCUGCAGUUCUGGCAUGGACCCAUUCCCAAUCCCCAUCCCCCUCCCAGGACAGCCCAAAGGGGAUCUGAGUGAAUAGGACACACCAGUGGGAAAGGGAUCCUCCAAACAAGGAUUUGGAAGUGGGGCAGGAGUACCAGGGCUGGGUUUGAGGGGGUACCAGAGUAGCAGAAAGUCUAGCCACCUCUGUCCAUUGCAGCUUCAGUGAUGCUCUGAUCCGAUGGGC